AUGAUGACCAUGUCGAACAGGGAUAUCUGCCAAGCAGAUCAGUUUAAUCCCAACGAGGGGUUCAAAGUACUAGAUCAGGACUUUGCCUAUUUUGAUACCUAUCCGUAUGAUUUCCUAUGCGACAAGCCUGAGCAACGUCUCUCGGAUGCCGUGUUUGAUUCAUUUGACAUACCACCCCUACCAACAACGGAAUGGGCAGACUACGGAACAGAACUGGCUAAUUACCCGACAGAGGCGGCGGAAGAUUUCAUACUGCAAGCACAGCCUAUUACCGAGCGAGAUAUAGUUAAUGAAUCUCCGAGCCGCGAAGGAGAGCUGGAAAAGACCCUUUUACGGCUUCAAGAGAAGACGGAAAAACUGGAGAGGGAACUUGAGAAUAUCCGGAAUGAGUAA